GUCCGGAGGGCAGGGCUGAGUGUCGAGUUAGAAGGCUCAAACGGAGGCAAGUGUGGCUGUCACAGGGAAGAGAUUCCGAGACUGGUGCUUUGGACAGCACGGAGUGGAGUCGGGUGCCUCAGUUUCCCUGGGUGUCCAGGAGGGCGGUCUCUCUUCUGCACCUGCUCCUGGGAGCCCUGGAGAGCUUUGCUGCCGGCCCAGUAGGAGCUUGGGAGUCCAGCUGGUGUGUCUUGUGCAGGGCUCUGGUGCCUACCCCGUGAUGCGGGGAUCAGAGUUCCCCACAUUCCUAUGAGAAAACUGAGGCAGACAGGAGUGCCUUGGCUACAGGGACCCAAGUUGCCAUGGUCCACCUUGAGCUUUGUCUGUGUGAUGACCCAUCUGAGGCCAGACAGUGCUUAGGAGCCAGGUCAGGGCCCUCGCUCUUCACGAACAGACCUCAUAGCCAGCUUUCAGGACCGCUGCCCACAUGGCGUUCCACACCAGUUAUGUCCACAGGAGCUGAAUGGGGCUUUGUAAGCUAGAUAGGAGUGUGCUCCAGCCCUGCCUCCCUCCCUCACCCACCAGAGCCUCCGUGGACCCCUACAAACACAGCUUCAUUCCUGCCACGGGACCUUCGCCUGCUCCGAGCUGUGUGUGGGGAGCCUCUUUUGAUAGGGAAAUACCUUCCGGCCGGGCGGUCGUGGCACACACCUUUAAUCCCAGCAGCUGGGAGGCAGAGGCAGGCGGAUUUCUGAGUUCAAGGCCAGCCUGGUCUGCAGAGAGAGUUCCAGGACAGCCAGGGCUACACAGAGAAACCCUGUCUUGAAAAACAAAACAAAAAAAAGCCUCCCGGGACUGGCAGAGGCCUGCUGAGGGAUGCCCAAGAAGUUCCAGGGCGAGAACAGCAAGUCGGCAGCUGCCCGAGCACGGAGGGCUGAAGCCAAGGCGGCAGCUGAUGCCAAGAAACAGAAGGAGCUGGAAGAUGCUUACUGGAAGGAUGAGGACAAACACGUGAUGCGGAAGGAGCAACGCAAGGAGGAGAAGGAGAAGCGACGCCUGGAGCAGCUGGAGCGCAAGAAGGAGACGCAGCGCCUGCUGGAGGAGGAGGACUCACGGCUCAAAGGUGGCAAGGCCCCACGUGUGGCAACCGCCAAAGUCACACGCGCGCAAAUCGAGGACACGUUGCGCAGAGAACAGCGUGCUGAGCCAGAAAAGGCUAAGAGCCACCUGGAGCUGCCACUGGAGGAGAACCUAAACCGGCGUCUGCAGGAAGAGGGCACUGUGGAGGCGCGUACUGUGCAAGACGCCAUAGCAGUGCUCAGUGUGGCUGAGGAAGCUGAUAGGCAUCCUGAGCGCCGUAUGCGUGCAGCCUUCACCGCGUUUGAGGAGGUGCAUCUGCCACGGUUGAAGCAGGAGAACCCCAACAUGCGGCUGUCGCAACUGAAGCAGCUGCUGAAGAAGGAGUGGUUGCGCUCCCCUGACAACCCAAUGAACCAGCGCGCGAUGCCCUUUAAUGCGCCCAAGUGACAGAACCAGGCUGAGUCCAGCUUGUCCGAGUCAGCACAUCCCCUCCAGCCAGGCCUGACCAGGGAUUCAUAGAGUUCCGGGCCUGGGCUCUCCCAGCUGCGCCAUAGGUCACCCUCAACAACCCAGAGGGUCCCCGCUCUGACAUCCUAGCUCCCGUGCGCCCUGCAGAGCCCGGUGGAGUACCCGCCCAAUAAAGGCUGUGGCGAGGCUGUCUGAGA